AAUCUACUGUUUCAUGGGUUGUAGACAAGGCACCCUCACCAUCGAACCUGUCCCCACAGUGCCUCCGGAAGAGGCAGUCAGUGAGGAACGGUCUCCUGUGGAAAGUGGGCUGAAGGGGAAUAUUAACAGGAAGGAGUCGGGGACGACUAAGGAGGCCUCCAGUACCGGUUUAUCGAGGACCGACUCGGGGGUCUCUCGGCAUCAAGUGACCGCUCCUACAGCGGAGCCUACAAAAAUCGCAGCUGAAUUGAAGCCACUCCCGUCGGUUGAAGAAACUCAAAGAUCCGAGUUUCCGGGGCUUCUAGAAAGUGGCGAGAAUCUGGCCAUUGCUCCGCAGAAGAAAAAGUCCCCUGGCAAUUGUACCACAUCUGUAUCAUCAGCCAGCUUCGAGUCGGUUUACUCCGAUGGCGAUGAAUCAGUCUCUUCGGAUGAGAAGAGGCUCCGUUGUAUAAGCACCGAUAAGCUGGUGAGAGAGCUGUCGAAGCGGAUGAUGGGUGCGGAGGAGGAGGCCGCUAGAAAGGCCACCGACCCUAUAGCGCAGGUCCAAAGGCUGAGGACCUUCUACGGCUUCCGUGAGAGAGUUAGCACGUCCACGGAUCUAACGCAUCAUCCCAACGAUCUCUGGUGGAGCGAAGCUCAUAACGACUCCGCGAAGAUCACCAAUGACUUAGGUCGCUCUCCAAAGUUGUUGUCUAACGUUAUCAAGGUCAGAGUAGUUCGACGACCGAACGAAGAAAUCGAUUCUGAUAUGUCCUAUUUCUCUGAUUACGUAUCCAUGGGUAUGGCAAACCCUGAUAAGAGAUACAUUGUCUUCAAGUUGGGUUUGGGUGAUCAUAUUGUGGUCACGCUUUCGGAGGUCUUCGAUGACGACACUUAUGAGAGCCUUUUUGAGGAAUUUACUCCUGCCCAAAUGCUCAUGGAGCGUAUGAAGUUCAUCACUUGUCCGGCUAAUUUGGGUGUACCAGUACCUCUGUUGGGUCCCAAAGCAGCUCAGACUCUAGGAGCCUAUUUCGGCAUGAGUAACGUAUCUUGUCAGUACUGCUCAACUCCUUUACCGGGCGGAGAUGCAUUGCGCUUCGUUUCUGUGUAUAUUGACAUUUACAGUAAGUGGAUUUUGCGGAGAACCAUUCCCUCGCUAGCCUUCACGGUUGGUAGGAUAAGCGACUUUUACUUGGUGGAUUACGAGAAGGCUCUCAUAUACUCGAGCUUUCGACUAGUCUGUACACAGGAAGCAAUCGCUCUUCUGAAAAAGUGAUGAUGAUGGUUGAGCCGAUGGCGCCGUCGUAUCGUAUCAUGUGUAAUAUGAUAAUAACUUUCUUUAUCGUGGCAUGUGCAAUAGUUGUAGCAGUGCGCCUCUUUGCUCGAUUACUCGCUUACCAUUCAUCUGUGAGAUUAACCAUCUACACGGUGGAUGUCACCAAAUUGAUCUCUUUCUGCUACUACAACCCGUUGGGCAGUGCCC